AUGGCGGUCGAGAGCGAGGCGGGCGAGAGUGAGGCGGGUGAGAGCAUGGCAGGCGAGAACAUGGCGGGCGAGAACAUGGCGGGCGAGAGCGAGGCGGGCGAGAGCAUGGCGGGUGAGAGCAUGGUGGGCGAGAACAAGGCGGGCGAGAGUGAGGCGGGUGAGAGCAUGGCGGGCGAGAUGGGCGAGAGCAUGGCGGGUGAGAGCAUGGCGGGUGAGAACAUGGCGGGCGAGAACAUGGCGGGCGAGAACAUGGCGGGCGAGAGUGAGGCGGGUGAGAGCGAGGCGGGUGAGAGCAUGGCGGGUGAGAGCAUGGUGGGCGAGAGAGAGGCGGGCGAGAGCAUGGCGGGUGAGAGCAUGGUGGGCGAGAGUGAGGCGGGUGAGAGCAUGGCGGGCGAGAUGGGCGAGAGCAUGGCGGGUGAGAGCAUGGCGGGCGAGAGCGAGGCGGGCGAGAGCAUGGCGGGCGAGAGUGAGGUGGGCAAGAGCGAGGCGGGUGAGAGCAUAGCGGGCGAGAGCGAGGCAGGUGAGAGCAUGGCGGGCGAGAGCAAUGCGGGUGAGAGCAUGGUGGGCGAGAUGGGCGAGAGCAUGGCGGGUGAGAGCGAGGCGGGCGAGAGCAAGAUGCAAGCAAAGCAAGUAUCCCAAGUGGAGUCGUUUUGCCUCCCCACCUCCAGCCUGCCUAUUCUCCAUCACUAG